CACGGUAAUUUUUGUAUCCCUCCUGACACAACUAGCACAAUGUCUGCCUGCGCAGAGAGUGACCUACACAGCCGACUACUAUCUGUCGUUGAUGGUCUUUUUGACUCCCACAAUACAUCCCCAACUUCUUUGCAGACUUACAAUCUUGAACUCGCCGAUCUGGAAAAGGACCUGAUUGAUAGCCAAAGCUCGGGCACACUCCAUUCUCAGACGGCGGAACUCGCAUGCUCUGUUGCAAAGGCAAUAGAAUUGGUCUGCCAGACGUUUAUGAAUCUUCAUGUUCAGUCGAACAAUAUACUACAGGACUCGGAGAAGGAAUUGUGUGCCAUUGAAGGUGCCGAAAAGGCAACGCCUCCCCCUCCCGCCCGGACGAGCAAAAAGCGGACACACUCGUCUACAUCCCCGGAGCCGCCGGCAAAGCGAAAGCGAAUGGUGUCUUCGGAAUCGGUGUCUUCGGAAUCAGGGACUUCUUCGUCGCCCGACUACAGUCCGCUAUACACCUGGUUAUCAAACAACCUGUACAACCCCUACCCCUCCGCUCCUGUGCGAGCAGACCUGUGCCGAGCUGCAGGGGGCGCGGACGUCGAGCGGUGGUUCACGACUGCGCGGCGGCGGAUCGGAUGGACAGAGCUGGUGAGACGGGUGGCUGGUGGUCGGUCAAAGGUGGUGAGUGCAGCUGAAAAGUACUGGAAGGGAGAGGGGAGGGAGUACCAGGUCGAGUUUGCAUUGAUUGAGCAGAAUUUGAAGGAUAUUUAUGGUGCCCGGUUUGGUGGGCCGGGGGAGGUGGUGAAGCUGUUUGGAGCUGUGCCUUGUUUGAAGCGGAAGAGGGACGAGUCCCAGGAAGAGGAGAGACCCCCAAAGACCUUUCAGGCAGACGUGCCACCAAACCUCGACAACUGGUUCGACGAUAUCUAUUCCUUCCCCAACGGCAACGUCCAACUCGACGUGCAACUCCCUGCGCCCAUCGACCCGCCGCCUGUUCUAUCCGACUUGGACAGCUUUCAGGCCGUGUUUGACACCUCGAUAUCGGACAUUUAUUCUCAAGUUCAUUUCGACAUUUCUAACUUUGAUUUUCCGUCAGACCCUUCCUGGAGCACAGAUCCCAUCUUUUCUUCAUUUGACUUUGCCAUCCCGGUCUCGUAACUAUGAAAUCCAUGUCGUCCACCUAUUGUCUUCACCUCUCGCAACCGAGCCAAUGUUCCGAGCCACGAUUCUGUCCGCUUGCUCGCUCGGAUGUAGCUCGUCGUACCUGCAUUUUGCUAGUCAAAAACGAGAUCACCAAUGAAUCAAAAUCCACCCACCACAGGAAACUGUCCCGGUCCGUUCCCUCCGCCGUCGUGCAUACGCUGCUCCCGCCUCCCUCUGUAUACACACACGACACCACUGCACCCGUGAUAUUCAACGGCGCCGUCCCAUUCAGGUACUCUGCCGGGUUGUCG